GCUUUGCUGCUACAGGAGUGCGGCCAUAUUGGUAAAGGUAUCCUGGCCAAGGUAGAACCGCACUUCCUGUUCUCGCGGGAGCUUAAGGCGGGACUGCCACGUCCGAGCAAACCGGGAAAGGACUGGAUCCCGGAGCCGCGUGAUGGCCAGAGGCCUGGGGGCCCCCCACUGGGUGGCCGUGGGACUGCUGACCUGGGCAGCCUUGGGGCUGCUGGUGGCCGGACACGGGGGUCAUGGAGACCCGCACGAGGACCUGCAAGAAGACUUCCAUAGCCAUAGCCACAGGCACUCACAUCAAGAUUUCCACCAUGGACACAGCCAUGCCCAUGGCCAUGGCCACACCCAUGAGAGCAUCUGGCAUGGGCCUACCCACGGUCACGACCAUGGACAUUCACAUGAGGAUUUGCACCAUGGCCAUAGCCAUGGCCACGCCAAUAAAAGAGUCUAUUACCAAGGACAUGGACAUGACCAUGAGCAUAGCCAUGGAGGCUAUAGGGAGUCUGGGGCUCCACGUAUGAAGCAGGACCUGGACACUGUCACUCUCUGGUCCUAUGCACUGGGGGCCACAGUGCUGAUCUCUGCAGCUCCAUUUUUUGUCCUCUUUCUAAUCCCUGUGGAGUCAAACUCCCCAAGGCAUCGAUCUCUGCUCCAGAUCUUGCUCAGUUUUGCUUCUGGUGGUCUCCUAGGAGAUGCCUUCCUGCACCUUAUCCCUCAUGCUCUGGAACCUCAUUCUCACCACACUCUGGAGCAGCCCGGACAUGGUCAUUCCCACAGUGGCCAGGGCCCCAUUCUAUCUGUGGGACUGUGGGUUCUCAGUGGAAUUGUCGCCUUUCUUGUGGUGGAGAAAUUUGUGAGGCAUGUGAAAGGAGGACAUGGACACAGUCAUGGACAUGCUCAUGGUCACACUCGUGGAAGUCAUGGACAUGGAAGACAGGAGCAUUCUUCAAAGGAGAAACAGAGCUCGGAGGAAGAAGAAAAGGAAGCAGGGGGGUUGCGGAAGAGGAGAGGAGGGAGCACAGUACCCAAAGAUGGACCUGUGCGAUCUCAGAAUCCUGAAGAAGAAAAAACAGGCUCAGACCUACGUGUAUCUGGGUACCUGAAUCUGGCUGCUGACUUGGCACACAACUUCACAGAUGGUCUGGCCAUUGGUGCUUCCUUUCGAGGGGGCCAGGGGUUGGGGAUUCUGACCACAAUGACUGUCCUGCUACAUGAAGUGCCCCAUGAGGUCGGAGACUUUGCCAUCUUGGUCCAGUCUGGCUGCAGCAAACAGCAGGCGAUGCGUCUACAACUACUGACAGCAGUAGGGGCACUGGCAGGCACAGCCUGUGCCCUUCUAACUGAAGGAGGGGCUAUAGGCAGUGAAGUUGCAGGUGGUACAGGUCCUGGCUGGGUCCUGCCAUUCACUGCAGGUGGCUUUAUCUACGUAGCAACUGUGUCUGUAUUGCCUGAGCUAUUGAGAGAGGCAUCACCAUUGCAGUCACUUCUGGAGGUGCUGGGGCUGCUGGGAGGAGUCAUCAUGAUGGUGCUGAUUGCCCAUCUCGAGUGAGAGGUGGAUGAACCACCCCUACCCCAUCCCAAAUCCCCUAUCUCCAGAUCAGGGGUCUGUGAAAGUUGGAGGCCCUGGCCAGGGAUAUCUGCCAAAGGAAAGAACUGUAACUUAGGAGAAUGGUAACUUUGGCAUUAGGGCCUUCAACGUUUGGCAGUCUUACUGGGGCUGUAGAGGUGAGAAUGAGAAGCCAGAGGGACCAUAGUAUUGGGCACUGCCUGACCAUGUUUGGUUUGGAGGGCUACAUGGGGCCAUGAAGAAGGCUGGAAGGGAGAGGGGUGAUGGCAACCUACCUGGGGUCCCCUACUCCACCUGUUCUCUGAGGACCAAGCUGCUGCACAGAAAGUUCUCCAAGGUCCACCUUCAUCUUCUUCUACCAGUUGUGGAGGCUCCAGGAAAGAGCCCUAGACAGGGAGGGCAACAGAAGUUGGGGAUAAACAUCAAUUAAACAUCAAUCGUGUGUCCUGAUUUGGGGAAUGAUUGGAGGGAUGGGGAGAGGGUUAGUUGGUAAUUUCAUGGCCUAAUUUUUUUUGUUGUUUUGUUUCUGUUCUUUUUAUAUCACUGUGUUUGAAUUGAGGGGAAGGGGUGGUGACCAGAAAUAAAGUCCUCGGAUCUUCUGCCCCA